UUGAGAUGAUAAAGCGCACGAUCGUGCAAUGGCAAAAGUGGUAAAGACAAAAUCCACCGGGAGGGGAUCAGUGUUAGACGAUGUGGCAAGAUAAUAAUUACGCGCCCGUUCCGACUUUUCCACCGGAGGAUUCGGACAGUAAAGACGGUGAAUGUUUGUCGUCGAAAUUUUUGCUGAGGGUGCCUUCUGAACCGGCAACUUCCACGUACCAAGUGCAUUGCAGGGGCAAGGCUGUCAGGCAGCAGGAAAGGCAGAACUCAGAUCUAUUAUUAGCAGUCUUACAAUCCGACGCUGAGCAAGUGAAAAGGUUAUUGGAGAAUGGAGCGAAACCGCAGGCCAGUUGCCGCUCUUCUAUGUGUUCGACGGUCCACCUCGCCGCCCUCAGAGGGGAUGAUAACAUUUUGAGACUAUUGCUUGAAGCCGGGGCGAACCGCGAUUGCAUAGACGAAGAUGGUAGACAGCCGAUUCAUCUGGCCUCCUGGUCCGGUCAAAUAUCCACUUUGGACGUUUUACUCGAAGGCCAUCCAGAGCUCAUCCAUUCUCAAGUCGAGAUACCAAAAGAUUAUAUACGGGAAACUGACCUGGUGGAUUCGUGGGAUCACGACCACGAGGAGAUCAGAUCAAUGCUGCCGAAGAUCAGCGCUGGAAGCACCCCUCUUCACAUCGCUUGCAAGUUGAGCAAAGUACAACUCGUCAAACAUUUAUUGAACAAUGGUUCAGAAGUAAAUAGCAGGGAUGCCCGUGGUUUGACUCCUUUGGACGUCGCUGGGCUUGAAGAUACGUCCUCCUCAUCUGACCAAACGAUUCCGAUCGAAAGCAAACCGUCCCACGCAUCUGAUAGACCGUUGUACGACAUCAUCAGCGUAUUGAUUGAUAAAGGAGCCGUACUUACAGACAAAAACGAAACCAUCGUCGACGGCAUUCACCUCCCGUCAAUCGACGUCACCGCUUUACAUACUGCGGUCGCAAAUGAAAAUUUAGAACUGAUAGACUUCUUGUUGGAAAAUGGCGCUAACCUUAUUGUCCUAAAUGAACAAGGAGAGUCUCCAUUGCAUUUGGCCGUCAGAAAAAAACUGUUCGAACCCUUAAAGACAAUGCUGAGCUGGUUGGAACUGAAACAGAUCAAUAUAAAGAACAGUGCAGGUCUCACUCCUCUUCACCAGGCGGUUCAAGAAAAAUGGGCGUGCGGAGUAGGCAUCCUUCUAGAAUCAGGGGCGGAUAUCGAAGUCGUUACCGAAAAAACAAAAGAGACUGUCCUUCACGUGGCAGCUGGAAUAGACUGCCCGACCAUCUUAGAGGAAUUGUUAAGCGUUGAAAGUUCUUUAGAGAUAAUAAAUGCUAAAGAUUGUCAAGAAUUCACUCCGUUGUUUCGCGCAAUAAAAAGAAAUAACACAACAAAUGUUGAAAUUCUCAUAAAACAUAAGGCUGAUUUGAACGUCCGUUUGCCUGGUAAUUUCAACCUACUUCAUUUCGCAGCCGAAUGCGAAACGGCCAGCAUUAUGAGAGCACUUUUGGAAAAAGAUGCAGUCCGACGCAAACUCAUGAACGAACUUUGCGAUAAUGGAAAAGGCGGCUUAUCACCUCUUCAUAUCGCCGCUAAAAACGGAAACAUCGAAUUGGUCAAAAUCCUGAUAGAAAAAGGUGCCGAUGUUCGUCAGACGAGUAGCCGCGAUCCGCACCACAGAUCAACGUCCCUCCACUUCGCCGCAGAGAAGGGCUAUUGGAAAAUAAUCGAAGUGAUCCUACAAAAUACAAACGAAAAAGAACAAGUUGAACUUUUAAAUGUCAAAACCGAUUUAGACUGGACACCGCUUCACAUCGCGGCCGGCUACGGACACAGAAAAUCCGUUGUGCUCAUGCUAAAAGGAGGAGCGAACAUAGCCGAAAAGGUGAUGUACCACGGCGUCAGAAAAUCCGCCUUGGACUUUAUGGUUCUAAAUAUUCCAAAAUGCGUCGACGUUUUAGAAGAACUUCUCGACACUUACAUCAGCUGCGAUAACUCCUUGAAAUACUCAAACUGCGAAGUAAAACUCGAUUAUAACAUUCUACUCGGGCCGACGAACGCAAAACCCGAGGAAGAGAGACAGAUGAUCUUCCUCAAUACAGUGCUGGACAACGGAAAUUCCCUUCUCAAAGAGAAAAUAAUGCUCCAUCCUUUGGUCGAAACGUUUUUGUUUUAUAAGUGGGAGAAAAUGAGGAAUUUUUUUAUGUUUUUGUUUGUAUUAUACGUCUUACACACUGUCUUAUUAACGUCACUUUUCGUUUUCACCUAUGUCCAAAAAGUCCAAGUGGCGAGUGGGUGGACUUAUGCAACUGUAUUCGUUUUACUGCUAAUAUUUGCAAUAGAAGUCCUCCAAGCACUUUCUCGGAAGAGGUUUUACUUUUUCGAUACGGAAUCGUGGAUAAAAUGGGCUGUUGUAGUGACGAGCCUGUACACGCUGACUUUGAACAUUUUGGACGAAAAGAGAAGACAUUACGCCUGUGUCGCCGUCCUGCUGUCAUGGGCAGAAUUGCUUUUCUUGGUUGCCAGGUUUUCUCUCGGCGGCCUGCAUGUUUUAAUGUUCGAAAAAGUCGCCGCCAACAUAUUUCUGGUAUUGUUGAGGUUCGUGUUUAUAUUUGUGGGAUUCAUGUUUGCCUUCAUGAUACAUUUCGACGGACAACCCCCGUUCGGCAGUUUUUGGGAAGCGAUGUGCAAAGUCAUGUCCAUGAUGACGGACCUGGAUUAUAACAACACAUUCAAGGCAGGAGCAGAUUUAUCAGUUUCUUCUCUAACCGGCCGAUUUUUGUAUUUAUCCUACAUGCUCCUCGUAGCUAUGGCCAUGGCGAACCUGAUCGUCGGCCUGGCCGUGAGCGACGUAGCAGUACUCGAAAACCAAGGAAGGGCUCAACGUCUGGCCAAGCAGACGGCUUUCCUGAGCUUCCUAGAAUCCUGCUUUUACAACAAAUUCGUCUUCAGCUGUUUCUCGUGCAGCUUUCAGAACGUCGUCUCUUCUUUGAAAGUCGCGUCGAUCGUCUCGGUGCACCCGCAUCGACCGCAGGAACUGCCUGCAGAACUGAGAGCCAAAGUGAUCGCGAACGCUACCGCAUCCGUACAAAAGGAAGAUAAUUCAAUUUGGACAGAAACGCUGGAAGAGAAGUUAGACUUAAUUUUGGCCCACCUCAAGGCGGCAAACAACAAACAAUAACACAGUUUAAAUAUGAAUAACCAAAGUUAAAACAAAAAAACCCCUUUUUUAAAUAAUAAUUAUGCGAUACUUUCUUUGUAACUUAAUAUAUUUAGUAUAUUGAAAAA